AUGGAAUAUGUUAUUGUAUGGUGAAAUAAUUAUCAGUGAAUAAGCGAAAGAAUUUGUUCUAAAUUACGAAGUAUUAAUUGUGAUCGUACAUUGGUUUGUUUCGUGAUCGAAUUAUCAUUUAAAUCUCUCGAAAGUGACUGGAAAUAACCCACGAAAUGGCUACGUUUGGAAAUUUUUUUCGGGAUCUUAACAGAGGACUGGAACCUCCAGUUCGUCAGCAUUUAACCAACGUAUAUGCUUGCUUGGCAUUAUCAACGGUUACAGCCGGAGUUGGUGCUUAUGUCGACUUGGUUACUCAAUUAGCUUCGACAAGUUUCUUCGCAGCCAUCGCCGGUGUAGGUUUGCUAUUAGGUUUAACAUCGACUCACGAUAAUGGCAAAAAUAGGUAUUUACGUCUGGGAUUACUUUUGGGAUUCAGUUUCUGUUCAGGUCUGGGUUUGGGUACAUUGAUCGAUUACGCCAUCACCAUCAAUCCCAGUAUCAUCAUAACCGCUCUCAUAUCAACGGCAGCAAUUUUCGUUUGCUUUUCGAUCGCUUCAUUGACGGCUGAACGAGGCAGAUGGCUGUAUUUGGGUGGAACUUUACUCACCUUUUUGACAGUUUUGAUCGGAUUAUCAUUCGCCAACAUUUUCUUCGGUUCUCAAUUACUGUUUCAGGCGUACUUAUACUUAGGAUUAGCUCUAAUGUGCGGUUUUGUACUCUACGAUACUCAAUUAAUCAUCGAAAAACGACGACAAGGUGAUAAGGAUUUCAUUUCGCACUCUAUUGAUUUAUUCGUCGAUCUAUUGGGAAUUUUCCGUCGUAUCGUCAUCAUAUUGAUUCAGAAAGAACAACAUCAACAGCAGCAAAGUAAGAAGAAACGAAGAGAUUAAGUAGACAGACAUUCCGCGAAGCUGUUUUUUUUCUCGUUUCUUGUCUCGAUUUGAAAUAGUCACUUUUUGGAUGUGUAACUUUUUGAAUUAUUUUUAGUUUUUAUUAUAAACGUAAGCGUCUAAGCGAUAGUCGUGAAAUUAAUAGGCUGAUGUUACUGUUGAUAAAAAAUUAUACUAUCGCGUUUUAAUUUUGAAAGUUUCUAUGCUUAUUUACUUUACACCUCUAAGGUCUAUGUGUAAGUGAUUUAUUAAAUUUAUGUAGCGAAUAGAAUUAAUUAUUGUAAACUUUUACGUUAUUUCAUAAGAUUUUUAAUGUUUUCUUUUUCUUGAUUUUUUUUUUUCUUUAUACAUAAGUUUGCGUUACUAUGGAUUUUGUGCGAAAAAUUAAAAAUUACAGUUGA